AUGUCAACGAUAAAGAAAUCAAAAUGGGAAUCAGACGAAGAAGAAUCCGAACAAAAACCACAACAAAAACGCAUAAAGAAGACAGUCAAACAUAAAUCUUCUCCACAUCAGCAAUCUGAUCUUCUCGUUCAUCAGUACCAACCGACUGCUGCACCUGCAUUUAAACAACCUGCUUUCCUUGCUGAAUGUCGACAUGUCGACUGUUAUGAGCGAUUAAACCGUAUUGAAGAAGGAUCCUACGGUAUUGUGUUUCGCGCACGAGAUCGCGAAACGGGAGAUAUCGUGGCUCUCAAAAAACUCAAGCUCGAGAAGGAAAAGAACGGGUUCCCAGUGACCAGUUUGCGCGAAAUAUACACGUUGAUGAAUGCAAAACAUCCAAAUAUCGUCAACGUUCGUGAGAUUGUUAUGGGAAAUCACUUAGAUCAAGUAUUUAUUGUCAUGGAUUUUAUCGAGCACGAUUUGAAGACACUCAUGACAGAUAUGCGAACGCCCUUUUUACAAUCCGAAGUAAAAACGCUAAUGCUACAGCUCUUGUCCGCCGUGGCACUGUUACACGACAACUGGAUGAUACAUCGAGAUUUAAAGACGAGCAAUUUGCUGUUGAACAAUCGUGGAGAGAUCAAGGUCGCCGAUUUUGGUUUGGCAAGGAAGUAUGGAAGUCCACUCGGCAACAUGACGCAGCUUGUCGUGACCCUAUGGUACAGAGCUCCUGAGCUAUUGCUUGGAACAAAAGAAUACACAACCGCCGUUGAUAUGUGGUCUAUUGGAUGCAUUUUUGCUGAAUUGGUCAACAACGAACCACUCAUUCAAGGACGGAGCGAGAUUGAUCAAGUUGACAAGAUUUUUAAAUUACUUGGUGUGCCAAAUGAAAAACAAUGGCCAGAGUUUAUGGAUUUGCCGCAUGUCAAGAACAUUGCAUUGGAUAACUGGCAACCAUACAGCACUUUACGAAGCAAGUUUCCUUAUUUGACAGAAUCCGGCAUGGAUUUGUUGUCCAGCCUUUUGACUUAUGAUCCAAAGAAACGGAUUACAGCCGACGAGGCAUUGCAGCAUCCAUACUUCAGUGAAAGUCCCCUUCCCAAAGACCCUGCAUUAUUCCCCACAUGGCCAUCCAAAGGUUCCGGUGAAAAGAAAAAAGUAUAUAGUCCAUCGGCGCCACAAGCAGCUCAUGCAGGGCUUGACGAGGAAGAGGAUACGAGUUUGGCAGGAACGUUAUUUGCAGGACAAUCCGAAUCGGCAGGCUUCCGAUUAAAGUUAGGAUAGCUGUAAUAAUAGAAAGUUAACCUUUUUGUCUAGACACAAUUUGUGUGCAUCGUCGUCCAAUAGAGAUAAUGGAAGGGUACUAAUAAACGUUAGCGAAGGCGUAGGUGUUAUGAUUUAUAGC